AUGGCCAUGACAGAACGUUUAAAAAAGUCAACGGGCAACGGUUAUUCACGCCCAGUUUUUACUGGAAAUUUUGCCAUUUUGCAAGAUUUUUUACUGGAAAAAGAAAACAUCUUCUGGAGUGUAGUACGAUUAUUCGAUUUUUUACUACGAGGUUUCAGUCAAGUAGUACUUGUAAAUAAUCCACUUAGCGGGCUACUGAUAGUGAUUUCUUUAGGUUGUACCGCACCCAGUACAUUAUUCUUCUCAGCAAUUACUGGUUUUUUAGGACUUUUAAUAUCAGUGUUGAUACGAGAUGUACAGGAAAAUAUUAUAAAUGGAUUAACAGUGUUUAAUCCACUGUUAAUUGGCGCGGUAUCGUGUAUGCUAAUACCAAAGUUCUACGGACCUUUCGACGCUUUCAGUAUAUUGUUAAUGAUUCUAGGAACAAUAAUCAGCGUUUAUCUGGCACGGUCUAUGAGAAACAUUAUGUCACUGUACAUAGCGUGGCCGUUUAAUCUGACUCAAUUUGCGUUGCUCUUUGUGCUUUACACUCAGGACAAUGGACUUAACACAUUGGAGGAAUUGCGACCAAUUAUCAGAAUGGACAAUGCAACAAGUGAUGCGACGACAAGCGAUGUCAGUUUCAUCGGGGGAAAUAUCACAAGGGACCACAUUGAUUGGGGAAUGAUAUUUCAAGGUGUUAUAGUGUCAGCGUCGCAGGUGUUCGCAGUUGAAAGCGUUGUUGCAGGAUCCGUCAUCUAUUUAGCUGUUCUACUUUCAUCUCCGACAACAGCUGGCUUUGCCUUUUUCGGUGCGCUUAUCGGUUCAUUGGCGGGUGUGAUGCUUGGUGUACCUAUCGACGAGAUUUAUUCCGGCCUUUGGGGUUACAACACUUUUCUAACAGCAGCUCUAUUAGCAGGAGCUCAUUAUAUACUUAAUGGACAAACAGCUGCAGCCACAGUUGUUGCAGCCAUAUGUACAGUGAUUGUACAGUAUUCUUUACUGUUCUUCUUCAGAAACCUGAAAUUGCCCGUAAUAUCACUUCCUUUCAUAAUGGUGAGUUCUUUGUUCCUGAGAUUAAGAAACAAUCUGGAAGAUAAAACGUUUCCAGAGGCAUUGUCUAUUUGUUUUCCGGAGGAACAACAGAGUGAUUAUCUUGUCCGUCAACGGAUACUUAUUCAGCAAAUGGACGAUCCAGAGGAAAUUGAAGACAAUACUAAAGAUGAAAAGAAUGUGACUGCAUGCAAUGUUUAACGAAUGUGACGAG